UGCCUGCAAGCUGAUGGUACAUCCUUCACUGCAAUGGCCCAUGUAAGGGGUUGUGGUGCUGAGUGAGAGGCAGACGUUAACCACCAUGGGCAGCGUUGGCAGUGGGGUGGCUGGCGAGCAAGAAUUCGCCAUGAAGAGUGUUGGCACACGUACCACCCUCCCUCGUGGGCCACCCCUAUCACGUAGAGGCCCAUCGGAUCGCAGUUUCAGUGCUGAGCGUCUCAACCCUCCACCUUCCAUUUCUGAAUGCACAGGCUCCAGCGAUGAAAGGGGGGGUAGCAGCACAACCACAGACCGACCCCAGCUUGCUGGCUGUGAGUCCACCACUGCCUCCUCCAACCUGGAGAGGGUGCCCUCCAUCUGUGAACGGCUGGAGAGCAACAUUACUGGCCGCAGGGUGGCACCGCGGCCGUUAGGGGACAUGAGUGUAGAUGCCCGUAGGAAUGUGGUUGUACACACUGCUGAAAAGAGUGGUGACAACAUGGCUACCGUGAAAAUCAGAGAGGGGAAUGCUACAAAGGCAAAUGGCCGAGCGCCACCCAAGAUUCUGCCCAUGUCUGGAAAGUCAGAACAGAACAAUGCCGGAUUGGUGCGGCCCUCUGCCUUCAAACCUGUAGUGCCAAAGAGCUUUCACUCCAUGCAAAACCUAGUGGCACAUGCUGGAGGUGGAGGUGGGGCUGGAGGUCAGUGUGCCAGAGGCACAGGAGGAUCUGAUGACCCCCAGCCACUUAGUGAGCGAGACAGUCCAGAGAGGGAGCAGGGCAGAGAGGAUGGAGGCCAGGGUGUCAUGUCUGACUCGGGAAGGAACUCCUUCACCAGCCUGCCCACGUAUACAGGCCCUGGUUCCAGCUAUGCUCCAGCUCCGGCCCUCGGACCCUUCAGUGCCUCCACCAGCCAUAUCAACCGAUUGGGCACGGACAAACUGGACAAGCCCAACUACCAGAAUGGCCUGAGUGCUUCAGACAGUGGCCGUUCAUCCUCGGGGAAGAGCUCUUCAUCCUAUCACAGACUAUGUCACCUGGCUGAUAUGCCAACUGCUAUUCACCCGUCACCCUCCUCGGAUGAUAUAAUACAGGACUUGGAGGACCGAUUGUGGGAAAAAGAACAAGAGGUUCUUCACAUGCGUCGCAACCUGGACCAGAGUGAAGCAGCAAUCAUGCAGGUGUUUGAAGAGAAACAGCGGGUGUGGGAGCGAGAGAUGGAGGAGCUGAGACAGAACUAUGCUGGAAGGUUGCAGCAGGUGACCCGGCGGGCACAACGUUCCCAGCAGGCACUGCAGGCCCAGAUCAGCCGACUGCAGCAGGACAAGAGCCGGCUCCAGGAGGAAAUCAAUGCCCUGCUGGCUCAGCGUGAAGAGCUGGAGAGAAAGUGCCUGGACUACCGCAAGGAGCAGGCUGAAAUCUUGCCCCGCCUGGAGGAAACCAAGUGGGAGGUUUGUCAGAAAGUGGGAGAGAUAUCUCUGUUGAAGCAGCAGUUAAGGGACAGUCAGCAUGAGGUGACCCAGAGAGCAGGAGAAAUGGUAGCACUAAGGGGUCAACUUAAAGAGCUCAAUGCACAGCUGAAGGAGAGAGAGGACGCUAUGCUCAGCCUGAAGGAUUCAUACAGCAGCAAAAGCCGCGAGUUGGAGAGAUGUGAGGGAGAACUGAAGAAAACGCUGACUGAGGUAUCCAUCCUACGGGACAAGCUGGUGGUGUUUGAGGCUGAGGUCCUGGGGCUAAAACGAGCUCUGGGUGAACUGAGCUACACCGGUGAACGUGCAACAGGACUCAGCAGUAGCCUGCCUUGGGGUGGCUUGCACUCACCACGCACCCCUGAAGUUUUGACACCUCUAUCCCCACUCAGCCCCAUGGUAGAUGCCCUGCUGAGCCUGCAGAGCGAUGAGGCCAAGGCACAGCGGCAGGAAGCUGGAGAGCUGCGGCAGCAGCUAGAGCGACUGCAGGGUGAGCUGCGGUUGGAACGGCAGCAACGUGAGCUCCAAGCACUUGCUUUUGCCCAAGAGCGUCACACCUGGCGGGACGAGAAGGAGCGAGUGCUCAAGUACCAGGCACAGUUGCAGCUCAGCUAUGUAGAGACGCUGCAAAGAAACCAAGCUUUAGAAGAGCGUGUUGGCCAGCUUGGCGCCAAGCUGUGUGGAACAUCCAGUUCACCUCCGCCAGCAGGUGUACCCAUCACUGUACCAGUUACCGUUACACUCACCCCGGCCCCAGAUGACUCCAAAACCCCUUCCCCCAACCAGCUGGCUCCGCCAUGGGCCGGACCCUCUCGCCUGGAGAGGAUAGAGUCCACUGAGAUUUAGAUCUGCCACUGUAUGAUGGCGCAAUACAGAGAGAAUCGACUUUUGCUCAACAUGCAUUGUUGAAAAUGGUUUGUUUAAAUGGGUGUCAGAAAGUCCCAGAUAUUCAGUAAGGGGCUCGACAUACUACUUUAAGGGAACAAAAAAGAUGCAGUAAUAAAUCAGUGUGCUGGAAUGAUGAAAGACCCACUAAGACAAAGAGACAAAGGCUCAUGUUUGUACACACACACACACACACACACACACACACACACACACACACA